ACUACCGGGAGGAGGAUCAAAUCAAUGGCGGUGACGUUACCGGCGUCGAUGGUUUCGUUGUACGUCGGGGAUUUGCAUCCCGAUACCACCGACGGGACGCUCUUCGAUUCUUUCAAUGCGUUCAAAGGAAUUUCAUCUGUCCGUGUUUGUAGAGAUUCAUCAACGGGAAGAUCUCUUUGUUACGGCUAUGUUAACUUCAGUUCUCUUGAGGAUGCACACUAUGCAAUGGAGAAGAUGAAUCACAGUUUGAUUCAUGGGAAAAUGAUAAGGGUGGCAUGGUGUCUUCGAGAUCCUGAUACACGAAAGAGUGGAGUUGGAAACGUGUUUGUCAAGAAUCUAAGUGAAUCAAUUGAUAGUGUGGGGUUGCAAGAGUUGUUUCAGAGGUUUGGAAAUGUAAUAUCCUGCAAAGUUGCAACUUUGGAGGAUGGGAAAAGCAAAGGUUAUGGAUUUGUUCAAUUUGAAUCUGAAGAAUCUGCAACUGCUGCAAUCGAGAAGCUUGAUAACACCAUGAUUGGUGACAAGCAAGUAUUUGUUGGGAAAUUCAUGAAAAAGUGUGACAGGGUUUUGCCAAGUCCUGAUGUUAAAUAUACAAAUCUGUAUGUGAAGAACUUGGAUCCAGAUGUCACUGAAGAGAUUAUGCAGGAGAAAUUUUCUGAGUUUGGGAAAAUUGUCUCCCUGGCUGUAGCAAGGGAUAAAAAUGGUGCCUCGAGAGGUUUCGGCUUUGUGAACUUCGAAUGUCCUGAUGAUGCCAAGCGGGCAAUGGAGUCGAUGAAUGGAUCACAACUUGGUUCUAAGGUUCUAUAUGUAGCAAGGGCACAAAAGAAAGCGGAACGCGAGCAAAUAUUGCGUACUCGGUUCGAGGAACUACGGAAGGAGCAGAUCAUGAAAUAUAAAGCUUCAAAUGUUUAUGUGAAGAACAUUGAUGACAAUGUUACCGACGAUGAGCUGAGAGACCUUUUUAGUCCAUGCGGUACAAUUACUUCUGUGAAACUUAUGCGAGAUGACAAAGGAAUAAGCAAGGGGUUUGGAUUUGUCUGUUUCUCUGCUCCGGAGGAGGCCACUAAAGCUGUCGACAUGUUCCAUGGAUAUAUUUUCCAACGGAAGCCGCUGUAUGUUGCGAUUGCUCAAAGGAAGGAGGAUAGACAAGCACAAUUGCAACUUCAGCAUGCGCAGCGCAUGACCAGAUUAGCAGGGCCUUCAACGGCUAUUCUUCCCGGAGUAUAUCCUCAGCUUUACUACACUUCUCCGACCGGCAUUGUUUCACAAGUAACUCCGCGGCCAGGGAUGAUGAUGUAUCAACCUUUAAGUUUUUGGCCAGGAUGGAGGGGUAAUGGCUUUGCAUUACCAGGCAGACCAGUCUUUCAACCAUCACUGCCCAUGUUUCCUACUGCUCCAAGACAAAUCGGGGCAAACCGGGUUUGGAUGAACGGUCCUGCUCUUUUGCAUGGUGGUUCUCACCCCUUCACAUACGCGCCUCAACCGCAAGAACAGCUGAUGCAGACAGUGAACUCUUCGGAAGAUCAAAGUAACCAACAGUGGACUGGGCAAGCUAAAUAUGUACCGAACGGUCGAGCUCGAGAGUUGAACAAAGGCUCUGAUGCGGCACCGGGUGGUUCGAACUCUGUUUCAGCUUUGACACAAGGGAGUGAGAUGCUGAGUAGCAUGCUUUCUGCGGCUUCACCCGAGCAGCAAAAAGCAAUACUCGGUGAACGACUUUAUCCCCUUGUUCUCAAGCGCCAGCCUGAUCUGGUGCAAAAGAUAACCGGAAUGCUUCUAGAGAUGGACAACUCUGAACUGCUUCUUCUCCUAGAAUCCCCAGAAUCGCUGGCGGCCAGAGUGGAGGAAGCCAUGGAGGUUAUCAAGCUCUCAAAUGCUAAAAUGUCCGGCCAAGAUGCCCGUCUUCCCAACUUCCUUUCUACUGGAGUUGCUGUCAACUGA